GCAGUUGACAUUAUUAAAAUAUUCACAUAGACAAGGAAGUAUUUAGGUAAUCACUUAUUAUAUUGGAUAACUAUACUGGCAAUAAUACCAAUAAUUGUUGAUAAUUAUGUCAAUUGAUUCACAAAUGUCAGUUGAUUAUCAGGAGGAUGUCAUCCUGAAGGCAGAAAUCGAGAAGUUUGUUAAUAUAUGCUUGGAGCGCAAUGGUCCCCUGAUCGACACAUUUGAUGAUGCUGUUGAACCCGUGGCGCCCAAAGUUAAAAGAAUUUCAAUGGCGGGGGAUGAUCACAAUGUCUUAGCAGUCAAUGAUGAGGUCAUUGAGUUAGUGGAAAUUUUGUCUGGAAUUAGCUUAAACCAAAGUGCGCAGUCAGCUAAACAGCAGUCAAGCUCAUCAGUAACUAAAAGCCGGCCACAUAGACUUAUUUUGACAGAUCCUUCCUCAUCCUCAAUGGAGUGUGAUUAACGAAUUAAGAAGGACAUGCAACUGUUAUUAAGUGUGGGAAAUUCAAUUGAUAUGCAAUAUUUUUAGUAAAGAUUAUUGUUAUUUUCCGUAAAUAAACCACGCUUUAUGCU